CCUUCCCUGCCCUGCCUUCCUCCCCUCGGCGCUGCCCUCCUCAUCCUCGCUCGGCGAAGCGGCGGCGGCGGCUCCUCGCCCGGCGGGAGGAGGAAGAGGAAGAAGAAGAAGGAGGGGGGGGAGCAGGGAGAGAGAGCCCGCGGGGAGGGGGGAGGAGGAGGAGGAGGAGGAGGAAGAGGAAGAGGAAGGCGGGAUGAGAUAAGCGGGGCGGGGGCAUGUAGGCGGCCCGGGAGCCGGGGAGGGGGGAGCUCAGGUGGAUGCGGGGGGCGGUGUGAGGAAGGGCCGGCGGGGGGGGGGGGGGCUCGCCGAGGGGCCGGGGCACUUCCCGACGAGGAGGAGGAAGAGGAGGAGGAGGAGGAGGAGGAGAAGGAAGGCGGCUGUGUGUGGCUGCGCGGCGGCAGCUCUCGGCGGGAGGCAGGGUUUGGGGUGUUUUGGUUUUUUUUUGGGGGGGGGUUGGUCUCACGCCCCCCCCCGGCCUUCUUCCUCCGUGGGGAGUUGGCGCCUGGAGGAGGAGGAGGAAGAGGAGGAGGCAGCAGCAGUAGGGCCGGAGGGGCCCCAUACGCGGUGCCCCCCCUCCCCCCCCCCCCCCCCCCGCCUGGCUUCGUUCCUGGAGUGUUUUUUUUCCUUUUUUUUUUUUUUUUUUUUUUUUAAAUCUGCAUAUUGAUUUUUAAACAAACAAACAACCCCCCCUCCCGCACUCCCCCCCCCCUCCCCCCCCUCCCUCGCAACGCCAGCCUCUGCCUCCGGGAGGGAAAUAGCCGGGUGAAAUCUCCCUCUGUUUCCAUGGACAACCCGUCCAUUAUCACCCAGGUGACUAACCCCAAAGAGGAGGAGAUCCUGUCCUGCGCUCAGGAUAAAGUGUCCCAGUGUAAUAUCAGCUUGAAGAAGCAAAGGAGUCGAAGUAUCUUUAGCACCUUAUUCUGCUGCUUUCGUGACUACAAUGUCGAACCACCAUCUACCAAUAGCACCAGUGCUCUUCCUCCUUUGGUGGAGGAGAAUGGAGGACUUCAGAAGGGUGACCAGAUGCAGGUCAUGCCUAUACCAAGUCCACCAGCUAAAUACCUCCUGCCAGAACUGACAGCAUCAGACUAUGGGAAGAAGUGUGUGGUCAUUGAUUUAGAUGAAACUUUAGUGCACAGUUCAUUUAAGCCAAUUAGCAAUGCUGAUUUCAUCGUUCCUGUUGAGAUUGAUGGAACCAUACAUCAGGUUUAUGUAUUGAAACGACCACAUGUGGAUGAGUUUCUUCAGAGGAUGGGAGAGCUCUUUGAAUGUGUACUCUUCACAGCCAGUCUAGCAAAGUAUGCAGACCCAGUAGCCGACUUACUGGAUCGCUGGGGUGUGUUCAGGGCAAGGCUAUUUAGAGAAUCCUGUGUUUUCCACCGAGGAAAUUACGUGAAGGAUCUGAGUCGGCUGGGACGUGAGCUGAGUAAAGUUAUUAUAGUGGAUAAUUCUCCUGCAUCUUACAUCUUCCAUCCUGAAAAUGCAGUGCCUGUGCAGUCCUGGUUUGAUGACAUGACAGACACAGAGCUGCUAGAUCUUAUUCCUUUCUUUGAAGGACUAAGCAAAGAGGAAGAAGUUUACAGUAUGCUUCAUAAACUCUGCAACAGGUAGCCCUUAACUUUGACUGACUUCUGCUACUAGAUUGCAGUUGCUAGAGGAUGUCUCCAUCUUUUUCAGCUCUUUCAAAUGUAAGCUUUGGGGAGGUCCCUCCUGUCAGAAGUGCUACUCUUGAUCUUCCUCUUACAUUGGACACGAAGGACAAUCAUGAGUGAUGCUAUUAAGCCUUCAGAAACCUGACUCCUAAGGUCAUGUGUUCAGACUACUUUUUUAAAGGAAAAAAAAAAAAAAGAAGCUAUUUUAAAUGGGACUCUUUUAAUGAAUUUCAUAAAUGGACAUCUUUUACUGGAUCAGCUUUUCUUAAAACAUGCCAAAAAAGAAGCUUGUAUUUCAGCAGUUGAAUUUCUCUCCCUUUCUUCCCCUCCCACUAUGCAGACAAUUUUACCCCCCUGCUUAGAGCAGUUGACCUGACUCUGAAUUUUUUCUUACAGAAUGAAGUGCCUUUUUGAAUGUUAUUUUAAGAUAAAAAUUCAUUUUUGUAUAAGACUUAUUUCCAGACAUCUUUUAGUCUUGUAUUGUCUAAAUGCUUUAAAAGGAAAAAGGAAAAAAAAUUUUAUAGAGCACUGUAAUAUAUAACAAAGGAAAAAGUUAAAACAAAGAUGCUGGGUUCCUGUCUCCACGUUGACAUUAAGUUGUAUUACAUUUUGUCAUGCUCAGAAGGUUCAAGCGUUUGUGGGAGGGGCGAUUUGGAUUACACGGUUAUUUCACUGAUAAGAUUUUGGAUACGGUUUUGAACAUAUCUGCAGUUGUUUGAGUAUUAGGGAAUGAUGGAAUUUAGAAAAUAGGGUGACAAAUAGAUCUAAAGCACCUUCUAUUCUAGACAGAUGAAGUUCUAUUGUUUCUGCUUACGCACAACUGCCAUGCCUCUCAUUUUUUUUUGGAAAAUCAUUAUCUUGGGAGAAUGGGGAGGAGAUCUAUUUAUUAGUUUAAAAUUCUUUUCUUAAAAAGAAACCCAUCUGGGUAAGCUGGAUCUGUAUUGAGCUGUUUGGAGUACUUUUUUCUUUUAAUUGCUGCUACUGUAUACUCACCAAAUGGAGUUGACCAUCGGCUGUUAUACUGUUUUUGCCACUGUGCCUGUGCUAUGAAACAUUUUCUGUAAGCUGCAAACUAGGGCAAUAAAUAAAACGCAGGCUUCAUAACCCACCCUUACGUAUUAAUCCCAUGGUAUUUGAUAUACCAGAGAACUCAGUUAAAGGUGACCUGCAAAGGAUUUUUUUUAUCAUCGUGUAGUUUUUGUUUUGUUUUUUUUCAGUUUAGAUGAAGCCCUCUCCUUUCUUUGGUGUAUAAACAUGGGAACAGUAUUUUUCCCUUAUCUCUGAUUUGUAUUUCUUCUUUCCCAAGGUGUAAGGUGCAGGCUGGGAAGCUAUCACAAGACUUCCUAGAAGGGAAGAGGUUACUAGCCUAGGCUUUCCUCUAAAGCAGUCCUCUGCUUUGGAGCUAAAUAAACCUCAUCUUUGAAUCUGGAAUUCUGCUUAGCACCUACUCGUCCGUAGGGUCAUUAAUGCCCUAAAAUAACUUUUAGCUUUUUUAGGCCUUUUGAAGGAAAAUGCUUUUUUUUUUUUUUUUCUCCCCUUCGCAGUGUCACCUUUUAAUUAUGUCCCGCACCAGAAAUCUACAACCAUAAAAAUCCCAGCUCUACUGGGCUGUCAGAAAAGAAAACCGAUCAGAGCAGUUGGUGCUUCUAAUUAGCCUAGUGCUAAAUUCUCAACAGUAGAUCCCCUUUGCCUUUUGCUUUUUUUUCUUGAAAAGUCUUGAAGACUUGGGGUUGGGGGGGGGGGGUUUGCAAUGGACUUGGAUCGUCAUCCUUGUUUUUAGACAACAAAUUGGUGAAGCAGCUUAAGGAAUCCAUUCAUAGAAGGGCAGGCCAGCCGACGCAGGCAGUGAGGAGAUAGUCGCGGGCGCAGUGUGAGCCUGGAGGACGACUUGCCCCUUGCGGUGCCGCUGUGCCUCGCGGGGAGGGCGAUGGAGGCAGCCCCGGGACACUCGUGAGUCUGUACGGCAUCCCCGUUUUCUUUUCUUACCAGCUGGCAUUACCUUAGUACUGUAUCAUUCUGUGCCACAACAAAAGACAAAACUGACGCUUAAGCAUUAAAAUAAAAAUAAAAAACCCACCCUAUGUUGUUUCAGAGAAGACGUAUGGAUUCUGGUUAGUCCAUUAACGUUCACUUUCAGUUUAAGAUUGUUUAGUUUUGUAUUUGAAUUCAGAGUAAUGAAACUGUAAGCUGCCAAAAAGUUGUUCUCUGAGCAGUAUUUUCAACUGUGUUCGUAGCUUCUGUGCUGCAAAUGCAGUUUGCAGGGAAGUAUUCAGGUUGUAGUUAGUUGUGCAGGUAUGAUAGGAAUGGUUGAAAAAAAUUCAAAGACUUUCUCGCUAGCAUUAGACCAAACAAUCUUCCAACUAGACAAUAAAUAACCCCGCUGAGGCGUUACCAUUGUAUGGUUGUAACCUGUUCCACGUGAGACAAACCAUGUCGUUAGUUUGCAUUUAUGAAAGCAGCGAUUUCAUGAACCAGUUGCCUUAAGUCUGUGAAUGAAUGUUGAUUAUUAAAGUGUCUUGUAUUGUUUUUAAAAUCCACAUAUAAUGGACAACUGAACUUCUGUUCCAGCUUCUGGAUGAACGGUUUUGAUGAUGCUCUGUACAGCCCUACUUGUUUUGUAUUGUUUUUCAGCUCUUGAAAUCCACAAAUUUCCAGAAGAAAAAAAAGUUGAAUAAAGCAUUAAAAUGAUACUUGGUGACAAUACAAAAGGGUAAAACUUAGCAGCAGUUUUGAUCUCUGCUAGUAUCUUAAGGCUAUUUUCUGUAAUUUCUGUUGUAGGGUUUGGUUUUUGUGCUUUUUUUUUUUUGUUUUUUUAGCUCGUUCCCAUUGAAAUAAAAGUUGCAGUGUUCUGCAGUCAAGUGUGGGCUUGCCUGGCUAUUCAGAUUUGGGCAAAGGGAUCAAACCAUCAUAUUUUGUCAUACUUAAAAAUUCAUGUUUUAAGUUUGUCUGAAUAUACACGUGCUAUAUAUUCAAAGCAUCUAGAUUUUAACAAAGCAAUAGAGUUCUGUCUGUAAAGCCAGAUAAAGGAGUGGAAUGUUUGUAAAAUUUGCAAUACGGGUAUUUGAUAGUAUUUUAAGUACAAGAUUCUUAGGAUAGGAGACAAAAUAUUUCCUAAACCUCCAACGUAUUUCAAAGUGCAGUUAAUGCAUGCAGGUCUACAGGGUUGUUAUUAACCUUGGUUCUCAAUUACAUUUCUGGAUAUCAGAAGAGUAUUAACAAGUCUUUUCCAGUUGAUCAUUCUGUCCAAGAAAAGAAACGCUGCCUGGCCUGAAGUUCUGUUGUCCGUUUUAUGUUGGGUUAAAAAAGGGUUUUUGCCUGUAUAGGUAUUUUUAAAUUAAGCUGUAAGGCAGAAUGCCUUCGAUUCUUGAAAUUCAACUGAAGUGUUAUGAUUAAAUUGCCAUUUGUUAAACUAGGGCUGUGCGCAGGAUAUUUGUUAACCGCCAGGAAGCGCGGCAGGUCUCGAUGGAGGCUCGUAGCAAAUGUACAGUAUUGCUGUGUGCACUUAGGUAGCUUCGGAGGAAUAAUUUGUCUAUUGUUUUGCCCUCUAAUCUUUUUUCAAACAGCAGAGUUAUACACAUGGAAGAGAUUCGACACCUGAAGAGAUUUGGUUAUCAGUGUAUGCAAUCACUUUAUCACGGCAUGAUUUUGAUUAGACUGGUUGGGGACAAUAAAGUAUCUAAAUGACACUGGUGUGUACUGAUGUUGCAGCUUUUGAAAUUUCAGUGUAAAAAAAAACCUGUAGCUAUAUAAUUUACAAACACAUAAUCCUAUGUUUUACAGAUUCUUUUUAACUAAUAAAACACAGUACCGCACAGCCCUAUUUGUAAAACAACAACAUGUUUGUGCCUCUGAUUUCCAAGGUGCUGUGAUGUAUGCCUUUGUGGGGCGAGGAGGGCAGGUGAGACGUGCGCGGGGUGAUGGCUUUAAAAAUCUCUGGGCUAACUAUGCAAAACCAGCUGUCAGUUUCCUGUUUCGCAUUAUAUUGUAAAAAUCCAGCUGACUUUUCUCUUCCUUUUUUUCUUGUUAAAGAUCUAUUGGGAACUUCUUAAAAGAGGAGUAAGCAAUGGAAAUGUUUCUUGAUUAUUUUUUUUCUAAUAAUGGAGCUGUUUACACUUUAAUGCAAUGAACAAUCCAGCGAUACUUGAGAAACACUACAGAUACCAUUUGAGUGUUUUCAGGAGAGAGAAGUGUUGUCAAUCAGGUAUUGAAUGGUUUCUUUACUGUCACAAAUAAAAAGAUUUUAACAAUAUAGUUACUUGUGCAUGUAAUGCUUCUCUGGGAAAAAAAGAUUUUCUGCCCUUUUCCUUUCAGUAAUAGUCACUGCCAUAAUUUGACAGGGACUUUCUUCCUGCCGUGUGCACAUCCAUGUUGGACAGGAAAAUCCCCCUUCUCUAUUCCACUCUCCUCCCCCUCUCCUCUUCUUAAAUCAUGUAUAGGACUCCUUAUUGACUGCUCUGGCACCUGCUUGUGCAAACAGAGCUGAUGAACUACUGAUGAACUCUGCUAAAUAAAUUGGUGGUGACUCUGGCAGAUGUUCCAGCUAUUUAGAUCUCUGGGAUGAGAUCAUACAAUAAUUUGUUCAAGUCUCAGAGCUGGGUGACUUCUUCUGAAGGGCUUACUUCAGCUACUUGAAUAGCUGUGCUUAAAAUCGUUGCCGUAUCCGAGUGAAUAUCUGAAUAAAAUGCUUUAUUUAGUUGCAAAGUCUAUUUUGAGAGUUUUUAUAUGACAUAGUAAGACUUAGGCAGAGCCUUCCUUUCUAGGAAAAGGCACCUAUUAUUAAUGCUUUAUGAGCAGAAAUCUUCGGGCCUGUUGGAAUAAGCAGCUGGCUCAAGAUAACUCCUUGGUUGCAAUUUUUUAGUUAUUCCUGCAAUUGGUCGCAAUGACCUAGACUGCCUUCAGUUUGCGGUGGGUUGGGUUUUUUGAUUUUAUUUUUUGAUUUUACCAAUCUCCUUAGCUGCUGCUUAGGGUAAAGAUCACAGAAUCACAGAAUGGAGGAGGUUGGAAGGUACCACGGAAGAUCAUGUAGUCCAACCCCUAAAACAAGUACUUUAAAAUUCCCAGAACAGCUCUUUUAUAGAGAUGAGGAAGAUCGGGUUGUUCUAUCCUGACUGUUGGAUACCGUUUGCAAAAUCGAAUACACCAUUGGCUAUAUACACACCUCUGUGCACAUGCCUUCCGCUUUCUUUUGCCUUUUUAUUGUGUUCUGACUCCGAAGGAAAGCCAUCUGCUCCGACAUUCCCUGCAGGAUGGGCUUAGGGCUCUCCCAGGUGGGCUGCAGCUCCAGGGGACCCUGCAGUCUCCAGCAGUUUUCCUGGCAGGAAGAUCGGGCAGAGCUCUCCUGGACUCCUCUGCCGGUUCUCCCAGAGCUACUGGAAAAUAAAUGAUCUGUGGGUAAUAUAUCGGUUUGGACAGGUUGGCAAUCUCAAACCUGAAAAGCUUCCAGGCGUGUUUUGUUGGAAGCCUUCGAGUGCUAUGUCGGAGGGAGCAAGUUGCAUUUCCAAAGCACGGGAAACACACCAACGUCUUGGAUUUGCUUUGCCUCUGUACAGUAGGUCUGCAUUGCAAUUCCACACCAACGACGCAAACAGAUUUGGUGAUCAAUUAAACCAGCAGAAAACCGAAUGUUUGAGGGGAUGGCUCAAAGCCGGCCGUACCCCCGGACCUCGGAGGAUGCUGUGCUGCAGCCGUACCUCCUGCGCUCCUCCCCGCGACCACCACUUCAUCCCACGAGCCUCUCUUACCUAAGUGCUGCACCACCUUCCAUCGGGAUGUUGAUCGCAUGGAAGUCCUGACCAGAGGAGCAAAACUCAGCUGCCUUAGCAGUUGCUUCAGGCUGACUCCAGCUGAGCCCAGGCUGCUGCUGUUCAAAGGCUCGGGGGGGAUUUGCCGCUGAGCCGGGAGCGUUUGGCAUCCCCCCGACAGCCACUGCUCUCCUGGCUCCUGAGGGCUGAGUGUUCCGUCCUUACAAACACGAUGGGCACCACCUAGGAAUUUGCAGCCCUUCAAUACCAGUUACACACAAGUCUGAGGGUAGUUUCGGGGGUUGCUGGCUUGGCAUUGGGCUGGGCUCUGUGUCAGAUUUUUAUGAGCUUUUGUGAUGAAAACCAAAUUUCUUCCCAGUGUAACUUUGUGAUUUUUUUUUCAUGCUUUGAUUGUUUGCUAAUAAACAAUCUGUUAUUUUU